UGCCUUGAAGCUUCCACACAGUGAAAGAGAUGAAUUCCACAAUCUGCACACCUAAUUCCCUCCUUUCAUACACCCCUUUGAAACCCAAUUCCAAUUCCAAUUCCCUUUGCAAUUCCAAUUCCCUUGUUCCGAAACGCCCUUCAACACUUCGUUUCACUCCCAGAGCUUCUCUUUCCGUCCCCAAGGAAACCAUUCUCAAAUCCUUCCAUGAACGAAGAGCACUCAAGAUCAUUUCUGGGUUGCAGAAUUUCAAUAAAGACAACGUUGCUUCUGUUGUUACUGCUGCUGAUAAGGGUGGAGCAACACAUGUCGAUAUAGCUUGUGAUCCGGAGUUGGUCAAGCUAGUCACCAGCUUAACUUGUCUCCCCGUCUGUGUCUCAUCCGUAGAUCCGUCUGCUUUUCUUGCUGCUGUUGAAGCCGGAGCUUCGAUGGUGGAGAUCGGGAACUAUGAUUCGUUCUACGAGUCAGGCAUCGUUUUUUCACCUGACCAGAUACUGAAGUUAACGAUGGAAACACGAAGAAUUCUUCCAUCAGUGACGUUAUCGGUCACCGUGCCGCAUACGUUAAGCCUCCUGGAUCAAGCUAAGCUGGCCGAGCAGUUGGAACAAGAAGGCGUUGACAUCAUUCAGACCGAAGGAGGAAAAUGCUCCAAUCCUUCAAAGUCUGGUGUUCUUGGUUUAAUCGAAAAGGCAACUCCGACGCUGGCAGCAGCUUAUUCGAUUUCACGGGCUGUUAAGAUCCCGGUCAUGUGUGCAUCCGGAUUAAGUGCGGUUACAGCACCGAUGGCCAUCACGGCCGGGGCUGCAGGAGUGGGUGUCGGGUCAGCCAUAAACAAGCUGAACGAUGUGGUUGCGAUGAUCGCGGAAGUCAGAAGCAUCGCGGAUUCAUUAGGGCUGUCGGUCAACGUAGAAAGUGAAUUCGAAAACAGAGGUUUGAGAGUUGUUUAGUUUGUAUUACAAUAAAUAGUAGUGCAUGAAGGUGGAUCUUUGUUUUGACUUUUUAAGAGUCCAGAAAUGUAAGAAGAACCAUGAAAGCUUUAAGCUCCUUCAUAGUUUAUAUUUAUAUGGGUGUUUACUUUAUCU